UCUUUUCUCUUCUAGCCAGCACCAAAGCCUUCUUCAACACCAGCCUUAUGCGACUAAUGCUUGCUUCAAACCAAAGAAAUUCCCUGCCGAGUUCACCAAUUUCCUCAAUAUUUUGUUCUGCUCUGUUCUUACUCUUCUUCAUACCCGAAUGAAGCUUGUCUUGGUCCGCUUGUGUUCGUCGUUUGAUCUUGUGGAGUUACCGGCCCGUCAUAUCCAGGUGUAGCAGCAACAACGUUUUCACUUGGUGAUUGACCGAUAAUCUUCUAUUAUCUAUCUCGAUUCUAGCUUGCACCCAACCUUGCGUGAUCUUAAAAGUAGCAAACUGCUUCUUCGAGAUGCAUGAUGAUCACUAUAUAUUGAUUCUUAUUAUUGACGGUUUUUCCUUGUUGGAAAAGUAGUUUGUGAGCUUCCAAUUUCUGCUAUUCUCAGAACAAGUCACCGUGGCGGUUUGGGUGGAUCUCCCUUGCCGAGUCUGUCUGAUCGAUGGCAGCCAUACUUGAAUCGUUGCUUGGAUCAUGUGCCAGUAAGUUGCAGAAUAUCAUUACAGAUGAGGCCAUACUAAUCCUCGGGGUGGAAGAAGAGCUCAGAGAAGUCCUGCGACGAGUAGAACUGAUAAAAUGUUGCAUAUAUGAUGCUGAGAAAAGGAGGACAAAAGAGCUAGCGGUGAACAAUUGGCUUGGUCAACUGAGAGAUGUUAUAUAUGAUGUUGAUGAAAUCCUGGACGUGGCUAGAUGUAAAGGAAACAAGCUACUGUCUGAUGAACCUUCAUCGUCAUCAUCAAGCAAAUCAGCUGCAUGUAAAGGCCUCUCAGUCUCCUCUUGCUUGUGUAACAUCUGGUCACGUCGUGAUGUUGCUGUUCGCAUUAGAAGCCUCAACAAAAAGAUAGAGAACAUUUCAAAGGACAAGAUAUUCUUAACAUUCAACACUAGUAUACAGCCUACUAGAAAUGGUCCAACAUCCAAACUGAUAAGAAGCUCCAAUCUUGUUGAGCCCAACCUUGUGGGGAAGGAGAUCAUACAUUCUAGCAGGAAACUGGUGGACUUGGUGCUUGCGCACAAGGAAGACAAGUCUUACAAGCUUGGUAUUGUUGGAACAGGAGGAGUUGGUAAGACAACACUAGCUCAGAAAAUAUAUAAUGACCAAAAAUUAAAAGGAAGCUUCAAGAUGCACGCAUGGAUUUGUGUUUCACGAGACUACAAUGAAGUAACUCUUCUUAAAGAGGUUCUUCGGAAUAUUGGUGUGCAUCAUGAGCAAGGGGAAACCAUAACAGAGCUACAAAGGAAGCUUGCAGAAACAAUAGAAGGGAAGAGUUUCUUUCUGGUUCUAGAUGAUGUGUGGCAUUUCAAUGUAUGGACGGAUUUAUUAAGACCUGUAUUACAAGAAACAACAAUCGGAGUAAUAUUGGUAACCACACGAGAUGAUCAAAUUACAAAGAGAAUAGGUGUACACCAUGCACACCGAGUCGAUCUCAUGUCAGUAGAGAUGGGAUGGGAGCUGCUUUGGAAGAGCAUGAACAUUGACGAAGAGAAAGAAGUGCAGAAUUUAAGAAACACAGGGAUUGAGAUUGUUCGUAAAUGUGGUCGCCUUCCUCUUGCAAUCAAGGUUACCGCUAGUGCUUUGUCAAGCAGAGAACUAACAGAGAAUGAGUGGAAAAGGUAUUUGGGUAGAUUUAUUGGCUCUCAGAGCAUCCUCUUGGAUGAAAUAGAAGAAGCUUUGUAUCUAAGCUAUGAUGAGUUACCACAUCGUUUGAAGCAGUGUUUCCUUUAUUGUGCUUUGUAUGUUGAAGAUUCUGUCAUUGAACGUGAUGAAGUUACCUGGUUAUGGAUUGCCGAAGGCUUCAUCGAGGAGCAGCAAGGUCAACUAAUAGAAGACACAGCAGAAGAGUACUACUAUGAGCUAAUUCAUCGGAAUCUCCUCCAGCCAGAAAUGAUAAGUUUUGACCAGGCUAAAUGCAGAAUGCAUGACCUCUUAAGACAACUUGCUUGUAAUAUAUCAAGAGAAGAAUGUUUUAUUGGAGAUGUUGAAACAUUAAGGGGAGGAAAUAUGUCAAAACUUAGACGUGUUACUGUUGUCGCGACUAAGAAGGAUAUGUUAGUGUUACCUAGCAAGGAUAAGGUGGAUGUUAAGGUGAGGACUUUCCUAACUGUUAAGGGUCCAUGGAGAAUUGAGGAUACAUUGUUCAAGAGAUUUCUUCUUCUUCUUCGUGUUUUGGUACUGAAUUACUCACUUGUACAAAGCAUCCCAGGCUAUAUAGGAAAAUUGAUACAUCUACGUCUACUUAAUCUGGAUUAUACUGGCAUAUCUUGUCUUCCGGAAUCCAUUGGCUCCCUAAAGAACCUUCAAGUACUGAGCUUGAGAUGGUGUUAUUAUCUGCACAGUCUUCCUCUGGCAAUGACCCUGUUGUGCAGUUUAAGAUGCCUUGAUCUUUUUGGCAUAGAAAUAAAUCAGGUUCCAAAAGGCAUGGGGAAACUGAAGCUCCUCACUUAUUUAAGAGAUUAUCCUGUUGGUGAUGGAAGUGAUAAUGCUGUUAUACAAGAUGGAUGGAAGUUGGAAGAGUUGUCUUCUUUCAACCACUCACAGAUGAGGUAUCUUUCUCUUGUUAAAUUGGAAAGAGCAGCUUACUGCAGUACAAAUACAAUGCUUAGGGACAAAAACCAUCUAAAAACUCUAAUACUAGAGUGGACUGAACGUGGAGAGGGGUCAUAUUCAGAAGAAGAUGUUAGUAAUACCGAGAAGGUCAUUGAGCAGCUAAUACCUCCGCACAACCUGGAAUUCCUAUGUAUUUUUCAAUUCUUUGGUCAGCGGUAUCCCACCUGGUUUGGUACCACCUAUUUGUCUUCAUUAAUACACCUGAUACUCAGAAAUGUACGAUCAUGUGUGGAACUUCCACCGACCUGGCAGCUACCCAACUUGAAAUUUCUGAAAAUUGAGGGAGCACAUGCAGUUACCAAGGUUGGACCUGAAUUUGCUGGCUGCAAGAAGGGUGAUCCUGUAUGUGAUGAGUGGGUUGCUUUCCCAAAACUUGAAUGGUUGAUCUUCGAAGAUAUGCCCAACUGGGAGGAGUGGUCUUUUUUUGAGGAAGAAGUUGGUGUUGCUGGUGUAAGGGGAGAGGAUGGAGCUGCUGAGAUCCGAAAAGAGGAUGCCCAACCUGCAAGGGUGCGACUGCUGCCUCGUCUGUUGGAAUUGCAACUUCACGGUUGCCCGAAGCUGAGGGAUCUCCCGCAACAGCUUGGAAAGGGCACCGCUUGUUUGAAGGAGCUCAGCUUAAGAGGACUAAACAACUUGAAGGCCGUGGAGAACCGCCCUGUGCUCUCUGAGGUCCUUGUUAUUGGGUUUUGUGAAGGCCUGAAGAGGAUCUGCAACCUCCCUCAAGUGACAGAGCUGCAUGUAGGUGGUUGUCCAAACUUAAGCCAUGUAGUGGGGCUGGACAGUUUGCAGCAGCUGAGGCUUGGCGGGAAUAUGCAAGAGAUCUCUUCACGCUGGGUGCCUGGGCUUCAAGAGCAGCACCAGCGACUUCAUGGCGAAGACCUGGAUGUCUACACUUCGCCUAGUAGUUAGAUGGCUCAAGAGUUGAUAAUAUGGGCAAACGGUGAAAGGUGGCGACAAGUUUGUUCAAGGAGCUAUCAGUGGGAGGAGAAGCGUGAAGGACAAGGGGCAAAGUUCUGUUCUCUGUGAUGGAGCUGAAGAAGAAGAAGAAGAAGAAGAAGGAAACUGCAGAAACUACUUAAUAGCCACACCAUCUGCCAAAAAACUUAAAAGUGCAAUGCAGUGCUCUUCAGUGGUACUACUAUCGUUUUCUUUUCUGAACUUAAUUUAUUGUGUGAUGGAGAUUGAUGAUACUCUCGUACGUUUUAUCUGUGUUUUUUUAAGCUAAGUGUAUGAUCUGUUUUUCGCUACUGAUAGGCGCAGUGGCUGUUUAGUUUAGU